CGAUUCGUCUCCACGAGGAGGGUGGGGGGGAAAUCGCGGCGAAUUUGCGGGGCGGAAGGAGGAGCUGAGGCUGCCGGUUCCCCCACGUGUUGAGAGGUGCCGGGCGCAGAGCAGUCUCAAUUCGUCUAGCUUCAACUGGCAGCCAGUGGAUCGGGUUAUACCUUUCUCUGCAGGAUUGAAGAGUCCAUUGUCAAAUAUUUGUCCCCCGUGUGGCUGAUUGCAGACCAAUAGAAUAUGGCUGGGCAAAUAUCAGAAUCUGACCAGAUCAAACAGUUCAAGGAGUUUCUUGGGACAUACAAUAAACUUACAGAAACCUGUUUCCUGGAUUGUGUGAAAGAUUUCACUAGCAGGGAGGUUAAAUCAGAAGAGAUGACGUGCUCAGAACACUGCUUACAGAAAUAUUUAAAAAUGACGCAGAGGAUAUCCAUGAGAUUUCAGGAGUAUCAUAUUCAGCAGAAUGAAGCUCUAGCUGCCAAAGCAGGACUUCUUGGGCAACCUCGUUAAACAAAAGAGAAUCCUAUUCCAACCUUGCUUUAAAGCAAUGCCAAUGUUUGUUGGAUUGCAAGUGGAGGUGUUCUGUUGUGGGUGUGUCCACCAGCUCACAACAGAGUUUCAGAGACCGUUUGGCACAUGAAAACCAUUGGGGAAACAAUUAUGGGCUAUAACAGGAGUUGGUAAUGGCCAGCUGGCGAACAGAGCCUAUUUCUGAGGUCCUUUUUUACUGUGCAAUGGAAUAAUGUUGAUACAACCAUUUCUAGAGGCCUGCAGACUGGUUAUGCUGGUCACUACAUUGGGGGCAGGGGAGGGAGAGGACCAUUUUUUUGUUUCUUCCACUACGACUAUUAAUUUUAAUGCAAAAAGUGCUGUACAGAAAUAUAUACAAAAAUGUCUUCAAAAUGUUUUUAUUUAAUCAAAGUACAAUAAAUGGGAACUGUUCAGU